AUGUCACCCUCCACCUCUACUUCCCUCUCCGCCUCUACCUCUACUUCCACCUCCACCACCUCCACCAACGACAUCCACAAGUCCCUCGCACACCUCAACCUCCACGAUAGCGCAGUCCUGCCUAGACAACCGUGGAACGUGCCAGCCGGAGAGUACGUGCGGACCGAUGGAACUGUAAUUUACAUUGGGGAUGUGUUCUUGUACCGCGAGACGAGGGAAAGGGAUGGUAGUGCGAACUGGAGUCAUGCAUGGAUGGGCGAGGGAUAUUCGGUGGAAGCAGCGUAG